AACGUUUCGUGUCAUCGAUAGCGGUAGCAUAUUUAAUGAGAGCUCUACGCUUAUCAACGCGAACCGCAUUUGAUGCAUCGGGUACCAGGGUGGCAACACGGGAAAGGAAAGCCACAAAGUACGGUCCAUGGCCCUGCUCUUCUUUACUCUUUAUCAAAGCGUAUUCUGCCGGGCGUAUUUGUCAUCGGAGCGCUACGCAUCUCCACGAUAUUCGUCCAAAGGACGGAUCUUAGAAAUUGGCAGGUAUAACGUGCGAGAGCAUGGAGGCGGGUGUUUUAACGAGGGUCCUUCACGAUUUCUUCACGACAAUGGACGGUGAACUUAGUCUUGCGAGAGGCGACUAUUUCUUGAUUUACGAUGUUAUCGACAAACAUUGGUGUUACGGUCAGUCGUACGAUAAGUCUGGCCGAUUUCCAUUAAGUCAUCUACAUAAGGUGGAUCUGCCGUCGGUGGACACCGAUCGGUCAUUAUUUGUCUCUAUCGCACCUUUCCCUGGGGAACGGGCCUCGGACUUAUCUUUCGAUAAAGGUGAAGUUAUCGUAGGAAUACAAGAUUUAGAAUCAGGUUGGAUGUUAGGUAGCAUCGGAGGUAGACAAGGUGCAUUUCCUGUGACCCACGUUUGGCAAUUGGACGACGCGGUAAUAAAGAAAGCGACGUCUAAGAGAAAUGUUUGCCAGAAAGCCGUAGUGAAUAUGAAUCUAAAGGCAGAGCUUGAGGAAGAAUUGGAUCUUACCAAAGGUGACAUAGUUACCAUAAUAGAGAUUUUGGAUGAUGGCUGGUGUCGGGGAGUAACAAACGAUGGUAGGAAAGGUACUUUCCCCGAAGGAUUUGUAGAUUAUUUAAAAGACAACGAAAGCCACAAUCGGUUGUCUACUGUCGAAAAUGUACCAUCGGUUGCCGUUCCAAUGGUGAAUUCUAGUACUAUGGAUGAUAUCUGUGUAAAUAAUCCAGUUAGUUGCGAAGACCCAGCUCCGAAUUAUUAUGAAAUAUUUCCAGAAUUUUUAAAGCCUAUGGGCAGUGAUUGUUUCGAUAUACCAUACAAUAAUGUUAAUCCCCUUGGCGUUAAGCCAUAUGCAAUUACUCUAUUUCCAUUCAAGGCUCAAUUUCCAAAUGAAUUAAGUUUUGGUGCAAAUGAAGUGGUGCAUUUAAUAAAGCAUAUUGAUUCCGAAUGGAUGGAGGGCUCCAUUGAUGGGAUAAAAGGAAUUUUUCCAGUAUCGUACGUUAACAUUAUCGUGGACUGCGAAAAUGCAAAAGUAGAACCCGUAUCGGAGGAGUCCGAAAUUAUUUCUAAACAGCAAAACGCCUUGGACCCUGGAACACUAGUAAAGGUAGAAUAUACCUUUGCUGCACAAAUGGAUGGUGAUUUGAGUAUUUUUGAGGGUGACAUUGUAACUGUCGUUGAAAUGCCUAACAGCGAUUGGGUUAUGGUGAGAAACAAAAAAGGAGAUGUUGGCCUCUGUCCCAGAGGAUACAUUAAUUCCCAGGUAGUAGACCCGAUUGAAUCUGAUUUCAGUCAGGAUGCACUAGAAGAUUUUGUAGUAAUAAGAAACGAAAGGGAAAACGUUUCGACAGCUGAGGAGGAGAAAAUAAAAAGACUAUCUGAACCACAUAGACCAGCACCUCCUGCACCUGAUCCUGGUCGAGUUCCUUUAGAAAAAUAUAAUAGUGACGAUUCAACGGAUAACGCGUCGACAUUAAUGAGAAAGAAAAAAGCAGACCAACGUCAGAACGUCAUAUCUGAAUUGGUGAUUACCGAAAGGGAAUAUGUGAGAGAUUUAAAGAUAACAUACGAAACGUUCCAUUUAAACAGUCCACAAAUUUUGGAAUCCAGAGGAAUCGAUGUUGCCAUCUUAUUUGGAAACAUAGAAGAAGUCAUAGAGGUUGCAGAGGAACUGUUGGAUAUGAUGUUCCGGGCUAUGAAAGGCUGCGACGAGGAGGUCCAAACAAUUGGGCCAUGUUUCUUAAAAAUGUCCGAUAAGUUACAAACGGUUUAUGGAAAGUAUUGCGGUAAUCACGAAGCAGCGUUAUCUUCAUUAAAGAAGUAUGAAGAGAACAAAGAAAUCAUGGCUAUAUUUGAAAAAGGAAUUGAAACAUUGCGCCAUCAGAUAGCAUGCUUUGAUAUGAGUUCUAUUCUGAUUAAACCUGUACAGAGAAUCUUAAAGUAUCCUCUUAUGUUGAACGAGCUUACCAAGUGUACCGAAACCGAACAUCCGGACAAACUCGAAGUAGAGGAAGCAUGGAAGGUCAUGACCGAUGUAGCCAGUCAUAUCAAUGAACACAAGCGGAAGAAAGAUUUGGUAUCCAAGUACUUACACGGUGACAAUACAUUAAUGCGGAAAAUGGCAAAGUUAAAUAUGCAUUCGGUGGCUAAAAAGUCUUCCAGAUUGAGCGCUAAACUAUCAGCAACUCUAGGACUGACUAACCUCUCAGCGGAUCCUGAAUUCGAAGAGCUUGAACGGCAAUUUAAGUCUUUGGAAAAGUGCACAAUGCAGCUGGCCAAAGAUGUCGAACAGUGUGUGCUUUACUUGAGCGACGAAGCCAUGGCCGGAGAGGUUCUUUCCAAUUUGCUUCACCAAUACUAUCAGGGUACACCGAACGACACGAUAAAAAGACUACGAGAAACGCGUACGAUUAUUUGGACACAGUUCUUUAAAGAAUUAAAACUGUGUCUCGAGAAAAAAGUUUGCGAACCAAUCAACUCUCUUAUGACAUUUCUCGAGGGUCCUGAAAUGCUCAUUACGAAGCGGUAUGACAAAUUACUGGAUUACGAUGCAGCAAUAUCCAGAAGUGAGAAAAAUAAGGAUUCCAGAAUGGUACAAGAGGAAUUGGCUACAGCUAAGAGUAAUUAUGAGGCUUUAAAUCAGCAGUUAUUAGAAGAACUACCUAUUUUAAUAGGUGCAGCAACAACAAUACUGAUCAAUUGCAUCGAAGCACUCGCAAGUGCUCGUCGACUCCUUAAUGGAAAGGUCACUAACCGCUAUCUGUCACUUUCAGAGUGUCUCGCUCAUGUAACGUCCCAAAAUAUCCUAGAAUCGUUUCUAGUGAACCACAAUCUACUGUGGAAUCAAAUAUCUCGAUUCAAUGUGACCGGAAUCAAUUCCAAGAAGGAAGAUAGUUACUCGAAAUGGAGUAUACAAAAUGAUCGCCUCAGAGCAGUCCUACGUGCCAAGUAUCCAGCUGAGAAAUUAUACAUAGUUACGGAAAGUGUAAUAGGCAUAUCCCCACUGGAUAUGGGCGCUGGAAGGGGGACCCUGGUAGCUGUGAUAAAGAAGCAAGAUCCUAUGGGCACUACGACGACAUGGUUCGUGGAUAAUGGAGUGCAACAGGGAUUCUUAUCGAGCCAACACCUAAGACCUAUCCAAGAACGGGAGUAUGGAUGCCCUGGAACAAAUGAGGAAUCUAGUCGAUCGAGUACUCCGGAUUUAAUGUCAUUGGAUUCCCCGGAGAAACAAUCCAGUACACUCAUACCUGAGAGAGUGGAACACCGUUAUUCGAAUCUUAUCGACCAUAGCCAGAAUACUCGAGACGACGUCAAUAACAGAGGCAGCGUACCCCGGAUAUCCAUGUAUGAUUUCGGUUCAAGCGAUGGGUUUUAUAAGGUGCUCUAUGACGUCUCGUUAAGGCACCCUGGGACGUUGAGUGCUUUAGCAGGACAAGUGCUGAAACUUAUACAGCCCCAUGAUGAAAAAGGGAAUGCCGAAUGGUGGUUGAUGAAGGAUCGUGAUGGGCAUACUGGUUAUGUACCAAGUAAUUUUAUGGAACCUCACAAUUAUUAAUAACAGUUAUUUAUUCGAUGUAAUUUACUUAGAGUUUGUAUAUACCUAAAAGUACUUAGUUAUGCUACUCUACCGCGAUUUGCGUACAGUAUAGGAAUAAGAAAAAAAAGUGCUAGCUCCUUAUCAACACAAUCGUGUAUUAUAUCGAUACGGUAUAUUUCUAUAUUUCUGUACAUAUUUGGAAAAAUAUAGAUUAAAGAAUAAAAAUGUCAACAGUUAA